CUUCAGCCCUUUCCUCACAAAAUAUAAUUAACCAUCCUCUCACAAUCCUCCAAUGGACUUCUCAAAGCUCUUCUCCUAUUAUUUCCUUCUCCUUGCUCUCCUCUUUCCAAUGGCCACUGCUGAAAACUCCCACCUCUUUAGAGAGUACAUAGGUGCUCAAGAUAAGGGAGUCAAAUUCAAUGAUGUGCCUAUCAAUCCUGAUGUCCAGUUCCACUUCAUCCUUGCCUUCGCCAUAGACUACACCACUACAACCCCCUACACCCCCACCAAUGGCCAAUUCAACGUCUUCUGGGACACCGUCAAUCUCACCCCUUCCGCGGUCGCCUCCAUCAAACAAAGUCAUAGCAACGCGAAGGUUGCUCUUAGCCUUGCUGGGUACAGCGUCGCCGGCAGUACUACUAAUGCGUAUUUCCUUCCUACAUCUAUAGACUCUUGGGUUAAUAAUGCAGUCUCUUCACUGACCAGCAUCAUUCAGCAAUACCAUCUUGAUGGUAUCGAUGUCGACUAUGAGAACUUCAAUACCAGUGCCGCCGAUGAAGACACCUUUGCAGAAUGCAUUGGAAGGCUUAUCACAACAUUGAAGAACAAUGGAGUGAUACAGUUUGCUUCAAUAGCUCCAUAUGAAGAUGAACCACUUCAGAGCUAUUACAAAGCUUUGUGGGCGAAGUACUCGAAUGUUAUAGACUAUGUGAACUUCCAAUUCUACGGGUAUCCUAAGAGCACGACGGUAUCCCAGUUUUUACGCUAUUAUGAUACUCAGAGCGCAAAUUAUGGAGGAGGGAGGAUACUGACCAGUUUCAGGUCUGACAAUGGUCAAGGACUUACUCCAGAAAAUGGCUUCUUUGAUGCUUGUAAGACACUUCAGGAUGAAGGAAGACUUUUUGGCAUAUUCAUAUGGUCUGCUGAUAGCUCCAAAGCCAAUGGCUUUCCGUAUGAGAAGCAAGCACAGGAUCUGUUGGCUAAUGCUUAGUGCUCUUAUGAAGAUCCAAGAUUUCAGAAAGUGUUGGUUAAUAAGGACGGUGGUUUUGUUAUGGACAAUAAACAAGAUGGAUCAUAAACUGGGCUAUAGCCUAGCUGUUCCAGCUUAGUUUGAUUUUGAUGAACUGUGUACUUGGCAUACAAAUAUAUAUACAUAAUAUAUAAGCCGUUUGGUAUUUUCUUUUGUAUUUCUGUUGCUCUACAAAUUCGUGAAAUAUCACUGGUCUCCUCUGACUUUGGCAACAACUACGCCUUCGCUGGCGUCUUUGCCCAGAGCUGCCCCCACCAUCUUCCACGGAGAUGCGGUUGAGGCGAGCUUCGCAUUGGAUGGGGAGCAGUUCGAUAGCGUGGACAGCGUCCAAGAAUAAGGGUGGACCGCUUCGUCGCCUUGGGGCUCCAUUCCGCGCUAUAACGAAUCUUGGGGUGCUGGGGGAUCCAGCGAUCGCUGCUUACGAAAAUCUGGACUGAAGUUGAUUAUAGCAUUUGCAU